AUCCAGCAUUUUUUUUAGACGAUUCGCUUUCCUACUUCAUUCUCUCCGGUAUUUGAUUGCGUUCGGUACCACAAUCGGACAUCGGUCCCAUGGCGCACAUCUACGAGGUCGGCACAAGGGCAUGGCAGCCCGACCCGACGGAGGGCUGGGUGGCCUCCGAGGUCAAGGAGAAGCUGGUGGAUGGAGAAAAAGUGCAGCUGGUGUUUGAGCUGGAGAAUGGCGAGACAAAAACCGUGGAGACCUCGCAGGCUGAGCUGCAGGUCGACAACAACUCAAACCUUCCGCCGUUGAUGAACCCUGCGAUGUUAGAAGCGAGCGAGGACUUGACCAAUCUGUCCCACUUGAAUGAGCCUGCUGUCCUGCAGGCUAUAAAGCUCCGCUAUGCCCAGAAAGAAAUAUAUACCUACAGUGGAAUCGUUCUGAUUGCGACCAACCCUUUCGCCAGGGUGGACUCCCUCUAUGUGCCACAGAUGGUGCAGGUCUAUGCUGGAAAACAGCGUGCCUCGCAGGCACCGCAUCUGUUCGCCAUCGCGGAGGAAGCUUUUGCUGACAUGCUUCGCGAUGGAAAGAACCAGACAAUCGUUGUCUCCGGUGAAUCGGGUGCUGGUAAGACCGUGAGCGCUAAAUACAUCAUGCGGUACUUUGCGACUCGCGAGUCCUCGGACCAGCCUGGAAAAUACACGACGAGCCGAGCGGAUGCCAUCAGUGAGACCGAAGAGCAGAUCCUCGCCACGAACCCGGUCAUGGAAGCAUUUGGUAACGCCAAAACAACCCGAAAUGACAACUCGUCCCGAUUUGGCAAAUACAUCGAGAUCAUGUUCGACGAAAGGACUAACAUCAUCGGAGCGAAGAUCCGGACCUACCUGCUUGAACGCUCGAGACUUGUGUUCCAACCCCUCAAGGAGCGCAACUACCACAUUUUCUACCAACUGGUGGCCGGUGCUACCGAUGACGAGAAGCAGGAGCUGGGUUUGUUGCCGGUUGAGGACUUCGAGUAUCUCAACCAGGGCGGUAUCCCGAUUAUUGACGGUGUUGACGACAAGGCUGAAUUUGACGCGACCAGGAAAUCUCUGGCCACUAUCGGGGUGUCGCAGCAGGACCAGACUGAGAUUUUCCGUAUCCUUGCGGCUUUGCUGCACCUCGGUAACAUGAAGAUUACUGCUACUCGCACAGACUCUUCCCUUUCGCCGUCGGAGCCCUCGCUUGUGCGUGCUUGUGAGAUGCUCGGAAUCGAUGUCACCGAAUUUGCCAAGUGGAUUAUCAAGAAGCAACUCAUCACUCGAGGCGAGAAGAUUACCUCUAAUCUCACCCAGCAACAAGCCCUUGUGGUCCGAGAUUCGGUUGCCAAGUUCAUCUACUCGAGUCUCUUUGACUGGCUGGUGGACAAGAUCAACCGUGGCCUGGCCACUGACGAGGUUCUCGGGCGAGUUGUAACCUUCAUUGGUGUGCUGGAUAUCUACGGUUUCGAGCACUUUGCCAAGAACUCCUUCGAGCAGUUCUGCAUCAACUACGCGAACGAAAAGCUGCAGCAGGAAUUCAAUCAACAUGUCUUCAAGCUCGAGCAGGAAGAAUACGUCCGCGAAGAGAUUGACUGGACUUUCAUUGAUUUCUCGGACAACCAGCCUUGUAUUGACCUGAUCGAGGCAAAGCUUGGAAUCUUGGCGCUGCUGGAUGAAGAGUCCCGCCUCCCCAUGGGCUCUGAUGAGCAGUUCGUCACCAAGCUUCACCACCAUUUUGCUGCCGAUAAGCAAAAGUUCUACAAGAAGCCUCGCUUUGGCAAAUCUGCAUUUACCGUUUGUCAUUAUGCCGUUGAUGUCACUUACGAGUCUGACGGCUUCAUUGAAAAGAACCGUGAUACUGUUCCUGACGAGCACCUUGGGGGUCCUGCGGAACUCGAGAUUCUCGACACUGCCGCUGCAGUUCGUGACAAGGACUCCGCAGCUGUUUCGUCCAAACCGGUUGCAGCGGCUCCUGGCCGCCGCAUUGGUGUUGCUGUCAACCGCAAACCCACACUUGGAGGAAUCUUCAAAUCCUCGUUGAUCGAGUUGAUGGCCACAAUCAAUUCCACCGAGGUGCAUUACAUCCGCUGCAUUAAGCCCAAUGAAGCCAAGGAAGCUUGGAAAUUCGAGGGGCCAAUGGUUCUCAGUCAGUUGAGAGCUUGCGGUGUCCUGGAAACUGUCAGAAUCAGUACGGCAGGGUAUCCUACUCGUUGGACUUACGAGGAGUUUGCCAUCCGCUACUACAUGCUUUGCCAUUCCUCGCAGUGGACAUCUGAGAUCCGAAAUAUGUGUCAUGCCAUCCUUCGCAAGGCACUGGGCGAUGCCAGCCAGGAAAGGCAGGACAAGUACCAGCUGGGUCUGACCAAGAUCUUUUUCCGGGCGGGCAUGCUUGCCUUCCUGGAGAAUCUGCGUACAUCACGACUGAACGAGUGUGCAAUUAUGAUCCAAAAGAACUUGCGAUGCAAAUACUACCGCCGCCGCUAUCUUGAGGCUCGCGAAUCCAUUCUCACCACCCAAGCUUUCAUUCGUGGAUUCCUGGCAAGGCAGCAUGCCCAAGAAAUCCGUCGGACAAAGGCUGCAACCACGAUCCAGAGGGUCUGGCGCGGCUCGAAGGACAGGAAACGGUACAAUGAGAUCCGACAAAACUUUAUCCUGUUCCAAUCCGUUACGAAGGGUUUCCUGUGCCGGCGGAACAUUAUGGACUCGAUCAAUGGCAAUGCAGCCAAGGUUAUCCAACGAGCUUUCCGCUCAUGGCGUCAAUUGCGUUCUUGGCGACAGUACCGCCACAAGGUGGUCAUUGUUCAGAACCUGUGGCGACGGAAGCAGGCCAGAAAGAUCUAUAAGAGCCUGCGUGAGGAAGCUCGAGAUCUCAAGCAGAUAUCCUACAAGCUGGAGAACAAGGUGGUGGAGCUUACACAGUACUUGGAGUCACUGAAGCGCGAAAACAAGUCCUUGGUCUCUCAGCUCGAGAACUACGAAACUCAGCUGAAGUCGUGGCGGAGCAGACACAACACCCUGGAAGCCCGUGCCAAGGAACUCCAGGCCGAGGCCAACCAGGCAGGUAUCACGGCAGCCCGUCUGGAGGCUGUCGAGGAAGAGAUGAGCAAGCUUCAGCAGAACCAUGCUGAAGCUCAGGCCACUAUCAAACGUCUCCAGGAAGAGGAAAGAGUCUCCCGCGAGGCACUCCGUGCUACCAACGAGGAGCUAGACCGCCUGAAGCUGCUUGACGGCGACCAUGAGAAGGAGAAUUCUGCUCUUCGUCAACGUGUUUCGGAAUUGGAGGAACAGUUGGAGGUCGCCAAGCGAUCGGUUCCAGUCAAUGGUCUCAAUGGCGAAAUGCCCAAUGGCGGCACGGCCCCGGCUCCUGCAAGCAGUUUGAUCAACCUGGUGUCUUCCAAGAAGCCCAAGCCCAAGCGACGCAGCGCCGGUGCGGAAAAGAUCGAUAUCGACCGCUUCAGUGGAGCUUACAACCCGCGCCCGGUAUCGAUGGCAAUCCCUGGACCUGGUGCCGCUCGUUCAGGCGCAGCGAUCUCCCCUGGUCUGGAUUCAGUCGAAGCAGAGCUCGAGAACUUAUUGUCUGAAGAGGAAGCCUUGAACGAGGAAGUCGCCAUGGGUCUAAUUCGCAACCUCAAGAUUCCUCUCCCCAGCUCAACCCCACCCCCGACUGAAAAGGAAGUCUUGUUCCCUGCGUACCUGAUCAACCUGGUCACAUCCGAGAUGUGGAACAACGGUUUCGUGAAGGAAUCCGAGCGUUUCCUGGCCAACGUCAUGCAGUCGAUUCAGCAGGAAGUCAUGCAGCAUGACGGUGAUGAUGCGGUCAACCCUGGCGCUUUCUGGCUGUCGAACGUGCACGAAAUGUUGUCAUUCGUUUUCCUGGCUGAGGAUUGGUACGAGGCUCAGAAGACCGAUAACUAUGAGUACGAUCGUCUUUUGGAAAUUGUGAAACAUGACUUAGAGUCUUUGGAGUUCAACAUCUACCACACCUGGAUGAAGGUGUUGAAGAAGAAGCUGUACAAGAUGAUUGUACCAGCCAUCAUCGAGUCGCAAUCACUCCCUGGUUUCGUCACCAGCGAGACGAAUCGCUUCCUCGGCAAGCUGUUGCCCUCGAACAACAACCCCGCCUACAGCAUGGACAACCUUCUGAGCCUUCUCAAUGGUGUCUAUCGGGCGAUGAAGGCAUUCUACCUUGAGGACACCAUCAUCACGCAGACUGUUACCGAGCUUCUACGGCUGGUGGGCGUUACGGCGUUUAACGACCUUCUUAUGCGACGAAACUUCCUGUCCUGGAAGCGCGGUCUCCAGAUCAACUACAACAUUACCCGGAUCGAGGAGUGGUGCAAGAGUCACGAUAUGCCAGAGGGGACGCUGCAGCUGGAACACUUGAUGCAAGCGACCAAGCUUCUUCAGCUUAAGAAGGCUACCUUGAAUGACAUUGAGAUCAUUCAGGAUAUCUGCUGGAUGCUCUCCCCGAACCAAAUUCAGAAGCUCCUCAACCAGUACCUCGUUGCGGACUACGAGCAGCCCAUCAAUGGCGAGAUCAUGAAGGCCGUCGCCUCUCGAGUCACGGAGAAGAGCGAUGUUCUCCUGCUGACUCCGGUGGAUAUGGAGGACAGCGGCCCCUAUGAGAUCGCCGAGCCCAGGGUCAUCACGGCCCUGGAAACGUACACCCCGUCCUGGCUUCAAACACCGCGCCUGAAGCGACUAGCUGAGAUUGUGUCGGCGCAGGCGAUGGCGCAACAGGAGAAGCUUGAGAUGGAAAACGGGGUGCUCGAGGAGUAGUUCUGUAUAUUAGACGUUAGAUUUUUCUGAGAGCUACGGAUUACGACCGGUGACAUCUCACCACGACCAUAUGCCUGGGUGGUCUCGGGUUUGCAAUACAGUG